CCAAGAGGAUAAUUUAACUAAUUUAAUUAACUUUGUUUUUUGGCUUCUCACCCCAGCUGGAAUUUAGGCUAGACUUGGGAGUUUUUUGCUUCUUCCUUUAGUGAGAAUGAGUCUCUGAUGGCUCUGUAGCGCGGGUUAAAGAGGCCCAGUCCAGUUCAGUUGAGCUCCCAGGGGCCUCCCCGUCGGUCUCCUGGGGCAAGCGCUGGCUUCGCACGGAGCUGUGGAGCCCUAGGAUCAUGGAUGCUCUCAGUAGGAGCCAGACAGGCCCUGGAUGCAAGACCCAGACAGUGCUGCAGAAAGGACCCUUGGACCUGAUCGAAACAGGUAAAGGGCUGAAAGUGCAGACGGACAAACCCCAUCUUGUGAGCCUGGGCAGCGGGAGGCUCAGCACAGCAAUCACCCUCCUGCCCCUGGAGGAAGGGAGAACAGUGAUUGGUUCUGCAGCCAGAGAUAUCUCACUACAGGGUCCAGGCCUGGCUCCAGAGCACUGCUACAUCGAGAAUCUGCGGGGCACCCUCACCCUCUACCCUUGUGGCAAUACUUGCACUAUUGAUGGGCUCCCUGUCCGGCAGCCGACCAGGCUUACACAGGGCUGCAUGUUGUGUCUGGGUCAGUCCACCUUCCUGCGCUUCAAUCAUCCGGCUGAAGCCAAGUGGAUGAAGAGCAUGAUUCCAGCAGGGGCCCGGGCCCCUGGGCCUCCCUACAGCCCUGGCUCUGCUGAAUCAGAAAGCCUGGUGAAUGGGAACCACACGCCACAGCCUGCCCCCCGGGGCCCCUCGGCCUGUGCCAGCCACAGUUCCCUAGUGAGCUCUAUCGAGAAGGACCUGCAGGAAAUCAUGGACUCGCUGGUGCUGGAGGAGCCUGGAGCAGCGGGCAAGAAACCUGCAGCCACAUCGCCACUGUCCCCUAUGGCUAAUGGUGGACGCUACCUGUUGACCCCCCCCACCAGCCCGGGUGCCAUGUCCGUGGGCUCCAGCUAUGAGAACACCUCUCCAGCCUUCUCUCCACUCUCCUCCCCAGCCAGUAGUGGAAGUUGCGCCAGCCACUCACCCAGCGGGCAGGAGCCAGGCCCUCCUGUGCCCCCACUGGUGCCUGCUCGGUCCUCCAGCUACCAUCUGGCCUUGCAGCCCCCACAGUCUCGUCCAAGUGGUACCCGGUCUUGUGAGAGUCCCCGGCUGGGCAGGAAAGGGGGACAUGAGAGGCCUCCCAGUCCUGGUCUCCGGGGUCUGCUGACUGACAGCCCUGCAGCUACCGUCUUGGCUGAGGCCCGAAGAACCUCCGAAAGCCCCCGGCUGGGUGGGCAGUUGCCCGUGGUGGCUAUAUGCCUGAGCGAGUACCCAGCUUCUGGUGCCCGUAGCCAACCCACCAGCAUUCCAGGCAGCCCCAAGUUCCAAUCUCCAGUCCCUGCUCCUCGCAACAAGAUUGGCACACUCCAGGACCGCCCGCCCAGCCCUUUCCGCGAGCCUCCCGCUACCGAUCGCGUGUUAACAACCAGCCCCUCUCGCCAGCUGGUGGCACGAACAUUUUCAGAGGGGUCAGCCGCACGCACCCUGCAGCCUCCUGAGAGCCCCCGCCUGGGCCGCCGCGGCCUGGACAGUAUGCGCGAGCUCCCUCCUCUGAGCCCAUCGCUGUCUCGACGCGCCCUGUCUCCACUGCCAGCCCGGACCACCCCGGAUGCCAAGCUAACCAGAGAAGUGGCAGAGAGCCCACGGCCCAGGCGCUGGGUAGCUCACGGGGCGUCACCAGAGGACUUUUCCCUGACCCUAGGGGCACGGGGCCGCAGGACAAGGAGCCCCUCACCCACACUUGGGGAGUCCCUGGCACCUCGCAAGGGCAGCUUCAGUGGCAGGCUGAGCCCAGCCUACAGUCUGGGCUCUCUUACUGGAGCUUCACCUCGCCAGAGCCCCCAUGCUCAAAGGAAGCUCUCCAGUGGGGACUUGAGGGUGCCUGUCACCAGGGAGCGGAAAAAUAGCAUCACGGAAAUUAGCGACAACGAGGACGACCUCCUGGAGUACCACCGGCGUCAGCGCCAAGAGCGGCUCCGGGAGCAGGAGAUGGAGAGGCUGGAACGCCAGCGCUUGGAGACCAUCCUGAACCUCUGUGCGGAGUACAGCCGAGCUGACGGCGGCUCUGAAGCUGGGGAGCUGCCCAGCAUCGGAGAGGCCACUGCAGCAUUGGCAUUGGCAGGCCGGAGGCUCUCUCGAGGCCUGGCGGGGGCCACCGUGACCUCUGGACGGAGCACCGAGGAGCCUGGAGGUGCCGCACAGCGCCUGUGGGAGACCAUGGAGCGUUCAGAUGAGGAAAACCUCAAGGAGGAAUGCAGCAGCACAGAGAGCACCCAGCAGGAGCAUGAAGAUGCCCCCAGCACCAAGCUCCAGGGAGAGGUGCUGGCGGUGGAAGAGGAGCGGGCUCAGGUGCUGGGGCGUGUGGAGCAGCUCAAGGUCCGUGCGAAGGAACUGGAGCAGCAGCUUCAGGAGGCAGCCCGAGAGGCUGAGAUGGAGCGGGCCCUGCUGCAGGGGGAGAGGGAAGCAGAGAGGACAUUGCUUCAGAAGGAACAGAAGGCAGUGGACCAGUUACAGGAGAAGCUGGUGGCCUUGGAGACAGGAUUCCAGAAGGAAAGAGACAAGGAGAGGGCGGAGCUGGCCGCGGGACGGAGGCACCUGGAGGCCCGCCAGGCGCUCUACGCCGAGCUCCAGACGCAGCUCGAUAACUGCCCCGAGUCAGUGCGGGAACAGUUACAGGAGCAGCUGAGAAGGGAGGCAGAUGCUCUGGAGACCGAGACGAAGCUCUUUGAGGACCUGGAGUUCCAGCAGCUGGAGCGGGAGAGCCGCGUGGAGGAGGAGCGCGAGCUGGCCGGCCAGGGACUGCUGCGGAGCAAGGCUGAGCUCCUGCGAAGCAUCGCCAAGAGGAAGGAGCGCCUGAUCGUCUUGGACAGUCAGGCUGGGCAGAUCCGUGCCCAGGCAGUGCAGGAGUCUGAGCGCCUGGCCCGGGACAAGAAUGCCACCCUGCAGCUACUGCAGAAGGAGAAGGAGAAGCUGAUGGUUCUGGAAAGGAGAUACCACUCACUCACGGGGGGCCGGCCUUUUCCGAAGAACACAUCAACACUCAAAGAGUAUGUGACGCUUGAGCAGCUAAAAGUGAUGUGGGGCGCCUCGCCCGAGCUCCCCGCCCUUGCGCCAGGCCUGCCUCCCUGGGCUUCUGCCUCCCAGGACCUGGUCCCCACCACCUGCCUUCCUCCCAUGCUGCCCUCCUCCUCCUUCGCUUCCAUCAUGCCUUCAUCUAAGAUGGAGAAGCUGCUGCUCCCUGCUGUAGACUUAGAGCAGUGGUACCAGGAGCUGAUGGCCGGGCUGGGGACUGGCCUUCCUGCCGCCUCCCCUCGCACCUCUCCCCCGCCUCUGCCUGCCAAAGCUUCCCGUCAGCUGCAGGUUUACCGCUCCAAGAUGGAUGGCGAGGCCACCAGUCCCUUACCCCGGACCCGCAGUGGCCCUCUCCCCUCCUCCUCGGGCUCCUCUUCGUCUUCCUCCCAGCUCAGCGUGGCAACCCUGGGCCGUAGUCCAUCCCCAAAGAGUGCUCUGCUCGCCCAGAAUGGCACAGGCAGCCUUCCUCGCAACCUGGCAGCCACACUGCAGGACAUUGAAACCAAGCGCCAGCUGGCCUUGCAGCAGAAGGGGCAGCAGGUGAUUGAGGAGCAGCGGCGACGGCUGGCUGAGCUGAAGCAGAAAGCGGCAGCAGAGGCUCAGUGCCAGUGGGAUGCCCUUCACGGGGCAGCACCCUUCCCCACAGGCCCCUCAGGCUUCCCCCCACUCAUGCACCGCUCCAUCCUGCACCACCUGCCGGCUGGGCGGGAGCGUGGGGAGGAGAGUGAGCACGCCUACGACACGCUAAGCCUGGAGAGCUCAGACAGUGCUGAAACCAGCAUCUCCACGGGGGGCGCCUCAGCCUGCUCCCCUGACAACAUGUCCAGUGCCAGUGGUCUGGACAUGGGCAAGAUCGAGGAGAUGGAAAAGAUGCUGAGGGAAGCUCAUGCGGAGAAGAGCCGGCUCAUGGAGUCCAGGGAGCGGGAGAUGGAGUUGCGGCGGCAAGCCCUAGAGGAGGAGCGGCGGAGACGGGAGCAAGUAGAACGGAGGCUGCAGAGCGAGAGUGCCCGCCGGCAGCAGCUGGUGGAAAAGGAGGUGAAGAUGCGGGAGAAGCAGUUUUCUCAGGCCCGGCCCCUGACACGCUACCUGCCCAUCCGGAAGGAGGACUUUGACUUGAAGACCCAUAUCGAGUCGUCAGGCCAUGGAGUAGACACCUGUCUGCAUGUGGUGCUCAGCAGCAAGGUCUGCCGUGGCUACUUGGUCAAGAUGGGCGGGAAGAUUAAGUCAUGGAAGAAGCGCUGGUUUGUCUUCGACCGGCUCAAGCGCACUCUCUCUUAUUAUGUAGAUAAGCAUGAGACGAAGUUGAAGGGGGUCAUCUACUUCCAGGCUAUCGAGGAAGUGUACUACGACCAUCUGCGAAGUGCAGCCAAGAGUCCAAACCCAGCCCUCACUUUCUGUGUGAAGACCCACGACCGACUGUACUACAUGGUGGCGCCAUCUGCAGAGGCCAUGCGCAUCUGGAUGGAUGUCAUCGUCACUGGGGCUGAGGGCUAUACUCAGUUCAUGAACUGACCACUACAGACCUUCUGGGUCCUCUGGUCAAGCCCAGGACCCGUGCCCAGCUACCUGCCUCUCUGCUUAUCCCUGGAGACGGUGGCACCCUGGGCGCUGGGCCGCUCCAGAGCCAGGUGCAGCAGAGAGCCCUGAGGGCUUGUGUGCAAGAAGACUUCCUUGUCACAUUCUGUGAGGAGAUUGGUGCUCGAGGAUUUGGGCCCAGGUCCUUAACAAACCAGAGGAGAGGACGGGGGAGGGAAGCGCUUUGUUGCCUGCUGGUAGCCCAGAAGUUCAAGGUCCCGCCCAGGCCUAUAGGUCACCGAGCUGGCUUCUCUCAACGCUGGCCUAGCACAUGUUUUCUCUCUGUAAAGGACAAAUUAUGGUACCAGAAUCUGCCAAAGAUCCCCUCUUGCCUCACCCCCUGUGCAGGGGCCUUGGGGCUAAGCAGAGCCACAUACAGAAUGGGGGAGCAGCUCCCACACACACUGCCCAACCCCACUCUGCCUCCUAAUUUUUCCUCCUUCAGACUUUUCACUACUUUGCUCAAGGGUCAGAGACCUUUAGUAUCAUCCUUGAGGUUGCAGUAGGCCCAUCACCGUGGUCUCCAUGGUGACUGCUUCAUCACCAUGGUUACACACUACUUGCCACACUCACUUUGUGGUUCGGCCCACUGCUUCAACAGUGGGCCACCUGAGGGCAUAUGCCAUCAUCUCUCCAUCCCUGGCCCUGGGGGGCAUCUCACAAGGCAGGAGGGGUCUGAAUACCUCCCUGACUCCGCCUGUGUCCCCAGCCCCCCAGUCCAGCCCUCUCCCUUCCACUCGUGCCUUGCUUAGAGCCAGAAGGGAUGAUGCUGGGGGAUCCAGUACCGGAACAGCGGUGCCCAAGGGAGGGGAAGCUAAGAGGGCUGUCCUCCGGGUGCUGAGAAGGCUUCAGUUCCUGAUGGGAGGAGGGGAGCGUGGGGGCUCCCAGAGAGAAGGGCCCAAUGGAGGCAGAAGCCCUUGGCAGCAGCAUCUCCCUCUUACCUCCCAAGGGCAAUGGAAAAGGAGAGUGGAGGACCAGGCCUCCAGCUGCCUGGCCUCAGCCUUCACGCCUUAACACUAAACCACCUUCCCUACCCUCCUCCCCAGCACUGGGCCCUGGGUUGCUUGGCCUUGCUGGGUGUUUUGCAGUAUUUGUAAACAUUUCAGCAGAACAAUAAAGCAUUUUUGACUAUG